CGAGUCGUUCAUCUUUACUCGUCCCAUCGCGUGUGUGCCGAGUCACUCUCACAAGGAGGAAGGAGGAGGAGGAGGUACAUUGCCGUGUCGAGGGACAGAAUGGCCGACGAGUGGACGGCGGACGACAGCUCGGCGGUCGAUUUCUUCAAUCCGCACGCACUGAACGACAGCGACGAGGAUUUGGACGACGGAUAUCAAGAUUCAAGCAGUGUUGUUCAUCAGGAAGACAGCGACAUUGUAGCACACGAGGAUGGCUCGUUUGGAUGGUCGGCACCCGCGAAUCAAGCGUCCGACGGAGAGGACGAUCAUGAGGAACAACCAGACGAGCACGACGACGAUCCAACCGGAUUGAAUGCGCUAGACUCGGCACUGGGAGAGCUGGAAAUAGAGGCCGAAGCAGCGCUGCAGCACGAGGACGUCAAGGCAAGCAACGCGUCAUUGGCGGACGUGAGCUCCCAACAACAACAUCACCACCAGGACGACACUGCCGCUACCACUGCCGCUGCAGCAGAGCCACCAACGCCCGCAGCGCCUGCAACAGUUAAUUACGAUAUUAGCAGGUACUGGCAUGACUCCGCGUCAGGCUGGUACUAUGAUCACCACAAGAGCGAGUACACAAUGACGCCCGAGCCGCUUGAGCCCGAGCCUGAGCCCGAGCCCGUCCAACCCGCCGAGCCCGAGCCCGAGCCCGUCGAGCUGCUACACGCUCACACACACUACGUCCCUCCAACGCCCAUCUCACAGCAUGGAGACGAAGCCCCAGAGAAAGUUGCUGCGUUGUACCAACAUCAUGUGGAAGAGCAGCAGGUAUCAAAGCCCACUCGAGACGCUGGUGAAACCCAAGCAUCAGCAGCGGCUGCUACCUCGACGGUCGCCGUGUCGGUGGCAGCAGCAGCAGCAGCAGCUGCAGCGGAGCGGAUGCAGCGACAAGACAGCAUGAAAUCAACGCCUUCGUUUGUCAUGACCGUCACAGAGGCGGAAUCAUUGCCAACCCCCACCUCUGAUGCCAAGGCGGACUCUGUUAGUAGCAACAAUAACAACAACAACGACGACGACGAUGACUGGGACAAGCCUACCAUCAAGCGCACAGGCAGCCUGAGACGAUCGCUCCGCCGAGGCCGAGAAUCAACCGACGCCGACCUUGCCAUCGAUGCCAUCACCAUGCGACGCCGUUCCAUGCUCAACGACUCGGACGAGGAGCAAGAGCUAGAAGAGCAGGACCGGCUUGCAGACAAAAUCGACCGUGAAGAAGAGCAGCGACAGCGAGAGCAAGAGCAACGGCGGCUUGCGCGCGAGCAGCAGCAGCAGCAACAAAGGCAGGAAAUUGUCCCUCCAGUCGCCGUCGCAGCCGCAGUGCCUCAGGCAGUGCUGUUAACCCAGCUCACGCACGCCAGCACCAAUAGCAUUGACAGCAUCGGCAGCAAUAUCGCCUCCAGCGACAGCGGCAGCGUAUCAAACCUCCCCCUUCCUGCCAGAGUCCUCAGCGUCAGCAGUCUGCACCGCCUGGACGAUUCGCCCUCCGUCGAACAACGCUCUACACUUCCGCACACACUGGAGCAAGACGAAGAUCAAGAAGAAGAAGCAGAAGAAGCCGAUGCCGACGAAGCGCAGGCCGUCGCCCGACCACGACGCGCAACCUUCCAAGACAGCGAGUCCUCAACCCACCUCAAUGACGAUGACUUGGAGGAGCUCGACCAUGUAUCCUACCCAUCCAUUACCUCCAUGGCGUCCAUGGCGUCCAUUGACCCCGCACUACUUCGCACGGCCACCGUUGGCGCGGCUAGCAUUCAGCCAGCCAUCAGCAUGCAGAGCGUUUCGUACGUCGAGGACGACGAGUCGGCAAGCGCAGCAGGGCACUCGUACUAUGAAGAGGCAAGCGCCGGCGGCGAAGAGGCUCAGCCCGAGACGUCGUUGCCAGCAGCGUCCGCUCACCUGCGCGGAUCGAGUGGCGCAGCGGCCGGCGACAGCAUGACCUUUGAUCCGGACGAUCCGAACGCCAUCGACUCGGUGUUGGACGGCUUUGAUGCCACAUUGAAAGAGUUUGACACUGCCAGCUUGAACGAUGACUCGCGGGCUGGCUCUCGCUCCGUCUCGCGGCAGGUAUCCAUGUCACUGCGCCCGCUUGCCCCAGUGCGACGCACCUCCAUCUUGCGGCCAGCCUCCAUGGUUGUGCCCAGCUCGCACGCGCUCAGCUCUUCACCGACUGGCACCACCAUCUCCGCCGCCUCGAGUGGAAGCUGGAACAAUAGCAACGGCGAAAUUGCCGCGACCAUGUCGUUGGCCAGCAUUCCCUUGUACGAGAGCGGAGAUGGCGAUCUCAUGUUUGUCAACCCGAUGGCCGACAUGACCACGGACGACGAAGCGGACGCCGCUAGUGUUGCGCCUUCGACGUGGAGUGGCCGUCGUAGCCACCAAUCGGAAACGGGCACCUUCAUUCUUCAUCCUGACGACGACAUUCUGUACGCCAACGGUUUGCGGGUCGCCGAGCAACGUGGACGUCGCGGCUCGGCAGUCAGCGCCGUGAGCAGCGGGACUUUUAUCCACCACUCACAGUCGCCGUCGGAAGGCAACGAGCAGCCGCCAAUGUCCCCGACACACUCGCAUUCGCCUUCAGUGAUGACGACCGUGCUCGUGCAGUCGCCAACGCACUCGGCUUCGCCCAGCGUUGUUUACAACGACCAUACGGAUGUUGAAGAGGACGACCCUGAAGAGGACCAUGGACAGCUGACCAUCACCAACCCCACAGCAGCGUAUGCUCUGAUGCAACAACGGCACAGCGACAGUCGUUCCAGCCUCAUUAGCUCCAAAGCUGCACCACCCCCGCCUCCGGUGCGCAACCCAUUCACCGUCCUCGUCCCUUCCGCCAGCGUCACUGCAAUGGCUGCCCCGCCUCCGCCCGUCAUCACCGUCACAAACCCGACCCGCCCACCGUCCGUAUACACGGAUGUGUCGCCCCUCAACGUGUCGGCGCUGCCGCCCACUUCGACUGGCCUCUCGAGAGAGCUGUCAGGAUCAACUACCAGCAUGGUGACACUCAUGGCAGGAGGCGGCGGCGCAGGCGGUCCAGGCAUGAGCGAGAGCUCCCAGCAGCCCCUCUCGCGCUCCCACAGCAUCCAGCUCGACGAUGAGGCGAUUUCUGCAUCCGUUCACGUGCCAAAGCUGAACGGCGCGAAUUCAUCCAGCGGCCUCUUCCGCGUCGGCUCUGUGGAAAGCGCGCAUCCCAAGCGUACGCGCACAUCGAGCGGCGGCGACCGCACGCUCGUUGGCAUCAACGCUGUUACUGGCGCACCAAUGCAGCCGGUCGCGUCAACGCCCACCAGCGGCCCGGUUGCCCCCAACUAUGUCCCAAGCCCGCUGUCUUCGAACGCCCAGCUCGCUGCGGUGCCCGAAGAUGAUGCUCCAGCUCCUGGCCAGCUGGUGCGCUCGUUCUCGUCGUACUCUAUUUCCGGCGUGGCCCUUCCCAUCACUGCCAGCAUGAUUGGCAGUCGAUCCGAGCUCGCUGGUCCGUUCGCGCCUGGCCCUGCUCUGUUGGUCAACCAAGAAGAGCAAAAGCACUUGGUGGGACGGCAAGCGCAUGCUAGCAGCACGACUUACUCGCGCCAUUCCUCAUCCUCCUCCGUGCCUGAUCGCGUUGUGCAUCGCGAGCAAGAUCCUCGGCGCGAAUCGGAACGCACUCGCGAGUCUACGCGUGAUCGCAACCAUUCGCGCGACCAGUACCGAGGUGAUGCACACCGCGACCAGUACCGCGAUGGACCGCGCGACCGGGAGCGCGACCGAGAACGCGAAAAAGAGCGCGAUCGGGAGCAUCGCUCAUCACGGCCUCGCUCUCGCUACCGCGACUACCAUUACGACGAGGGCAGCGACUCGACCAGCACAUCUUCGUCCGAAUCGUCCUCCAGCUCGUCGUCUUCGUCGAGUGACGAGCCUCGCUACCAAGAUCGCGAUCGUCAUCGCAAGCACCGCAAGCAUCGUCGACACGGCAAGAAGGCUCGCCGUCAUUCCAGACGCCGCGAGCGUUCCCGUCGCCACCACGGGCACCAGCAAGUCGUCCACGCGCCUGCCAUUCCAUCCGGUCCCAACCAACGGCGCUGGGCCGUCGAGGGCAGCGUUCCCACGGGCUUUGAAGUUCGCGUGGAUCAGACCACGGGAGAGACGUUCUACUUUGACGCGGCCACCAUGACCUACUACGACCAAGGGUAUAUUGAACACGCUCGCGCGUCGCCGUCCACUCUGCCCAUUCCGCCAGGCUGGAAUAUGCGCAAAGACCACCGCACGGCCAAAGUGUUCUUUGUCAACCACAACUCGCAGUCGACGACGUGGGUGGAUCCUCGUGACCGAUUCACACGGCCAUUCACGUUUGCCGAGUGCGAGGGCGACGAGCUCCCGUACGCCUGGGAGCAGGCCAGUGAUGCGGUUGUCGGUUUGUACUUUGUCAACCAUUCUACGCGCACGACGCAGAUCGAAGACCCGCGUAUUUCUGCGCACAUUGUCCAGCAGCGUAUGCUGAAGGACUUUUUGGAGACGGCUCAAGCCGACCUGACCCGAAAGCAGGAAUUGCUCGAGCUCAAGAAGCGUCGUCUUGGCAUUGCCGAGGAGGAAGUGGCGUAUCUCACCUCGCGCCUCGACCGCCCUCAAAGCGUCGCCAUGCCCAGCUCUGCUGCCGCAGCGGUGACUGCUGGCUACCAACACGGUCUGGUGCACAAUAACAGCUUGCAGCACCUGAGCGGGGGCUUGCACGCCUCUGGCAGCUAUGCUCAGACGUUCGACCCCGACACGCUGAAAGUGGACAUUGCUGCCGCCAAGCAGCGUGUUGCCAGCCUGCGGCUCGAGAUGGAGUCGCUUGACAAUGUCGUGCAGUACGAGCGCGAGGGUAUGGAGAUUCUGCAAGACGUCGAUCGCCGCAUCGAUGCCAAUCCCGAUUACCAGCUGGACGACGCGCGCCGAGCAAUCGAAGAGCUGAAUGCCAUGCGCGCGCUGCUGCGUGAAAACCAGGCCGAAAAGGCCGAGCUGCGCCGCCAGCUGGUGCAAAUGCGUGAAGAGUAUGUGACCAACUCUCGCAUGCAAGAGUAUCUCGUGUACAACGAGCUGGACAAGCGCCAGUUCAAGAACGAGUUGGUGCAGUGGCUGGCUGCGAACGUUGUCGACCCGGACCAGAUCAACAGCGCUGUUGCGGCUCGGCUCGAAGAGCACCUCGACCAGCGUGAGCUUGCCUUCGACGUGGACGAGCUCGCGGCCUCCCUCACCUCCAUUUGGCCCGCCAUUACCAAGCUCGAGACGAUGAUUUCGCAAAGCGAGCAGUUUGGCGACCAGCUCAAGUCGGAAAUCUCAUCCAUCUCGUCUGGCGUGGACUCGCGUGUUGGCAGCCGCAAUCCUAGCCGCCACGGCACGCUCGAAAAGCCUCGUCUGGCUCGUGCGAACAUGGCUGCAUCGGCGGCGGCUGGCCAGCACCAUCCCCACCACCACCACCACCACCACCAACAUCACGAUCACCAGCAACGGCACCACGAUGCGUACACCGCCCCUCCACCCGCGCAGUUUGCCUCGAGUGGCUCGGCACACCCGGUCCGUGCUGCUGCUGCGCACUUUACACAAAACGAGCUUUUGCAGUCGGAAGAGGACGAGUUUGCCGACUCGCACAUUCUCAAGGCAAAGGUCGAAGAGCUGGUGCGGAUGCACGAGCGGGAGAAGAUUGAGUUGCGCAAGAUUCUUGCCGAUGUGCACGAAAGUGUGCUUUCCCGCCAGUCGCUGAAAACGCUGCUGCAGCGCCAGGAGGAAGAGAAGGAGAAGCUCAAGAUUGAGCUUGCGAGCGUCGAAGCCAAUUACAUCCCAAUCGAGAGGGUGCAGGAGGUGAUUGCGACGCACGAGCGCGAAAAGUCCGAGCUGCGGGCCGAGCUGCAGGUGCUCAAGAAGGAUCUCAUCCUUGGCAACAUGCAAAACAAGCCCGUCUCAAAGUCGUCUGCGCUGCCGCCCCCACCGCCCUCAGCCUUCCUACCUGCAGACUUGUAUCCUGAAUCCUCCACGUUCGUUGAUGCCAUGAUCUCCAAUGCUCACGGCGACAGCGAUGCCAGUGCGACGGACGAAGUUGUGCACAACUCUGGCGAGACGCCCAUCACGCGUAUCGAUAUUGAGCUCGAGCUGGCCGCAGCCAAGCGCGAGAUUAGCGGCAUUCAGCAGCAGAUUCGCGCGCUCAAGGACAUGCGAACCGAGCUCAUGGCGGGUGGCAGUGGCGAGGCUGCUGCCGCGGCUCACAGCGCAGGAGCGGCUCAGAGCGCUCGUGCGGCCACCUCCAUGCCGCGCCCCUUGAACGCGAGCAAGGGUGGCGUCGCCUCGCCUAGUCUGCCCAGCGAUAAAGCUGCCUCGCGCAGCACAGUGCAAGAGCGUGCGCCAGCCGUUACUUUUGCAGAGACUCCUGCUGCUGCUGCCGUUGCUGCGUCUGCUGCGUCCGCCGACGUGGUCAGCCUGGACUCGAUGCCGCGAUGGAUUGACGAUCCUGUCAUCCAAAAUCUGCUGCAGGUGGAUCCCGAGAGCUGCAACACAAAGAACACCCUUCGUCGCCGCUCGCAGCACAAAGUGGCCCAGCUCCGCACCAAGGCCAAAUCCGGUGGCGUUGAUCCGCUGUCCUUCCAAGAGAAGAUUGCCUACUUUACGACCUACGACAUUGCUCUUCCGCUUCCCCCGCCUCCGCCGCCAGCCCACUAGAUGAGUUAAAAGGAGUUGAGUUUUUGGUUUCUAACGAGCGAUAUCAUUCUGCGCACUCCCGCGGGGCCGUUCUUCCGAUCUGGGUUGUUUUACUUGCUCUUGAUGUCUUUAUGUUUCUUGUGUAUGUAUGUGUGAUUUUUAUUUUGAAUUUUACCAUGUCCUUUUUCCUUUGACAAGAAUGAGAAGAAGCGGCGGCCUUUUGUCAAGCAUCCGCACUCC